GUGGUACGCUGCCAGACUCAGGGAAACAAAAAGGAGCAAAGAAGGAGAUGUUGGAUGUCUCACUUUAUUUUCAGUCGAUUUUUCCCGGAGUUUUGUCACGAGAAUUGGAGUUAGUGUUAGAUCGUCGUUAUUACCAAACAAAGAAGGACGUUAGAAAAUAAAACUGAACUUAUUUAUAAUGUUCGAAACUGUAGAAAAUUCUUUAAAAUUCUUUUAGUGACCUCUUUUAACCUUAUCGGACGUUAAAUCAGCCAAAGCGUUUUAUUAUGCUAAAUUCAAAUGAACCCACAAUGCUCUCCUUUGCUAAAGUAAGAAGUUAAGGGAAGAAGUUUCUCAAAAUUUGCAAAUGGAUUUAGGCAAAGUUGUGCACAGAAGAAAACCGGACAUCCCUGUAAUCAGACCAAGAGCACCAGAUGAGAACCAGCAUACUCAGAAGGUCAGCGCUAAAAGUCUUGAACUCAGUAAGGUGAUUCGUCUUCUCGAGGAUCCUUUGACAGCUCACCUGAAGGAGAGACACCUUUUUGUGCUGAAGAAACUACUGAAGAGAAGCCAAAUUGGCUUUCUCUUGAAGGAGCUGACUGGCAUCUCCAAAAUACUCAACGUCUGUGCUGAGAAAGUGAAGGAUCACCCUGAAUAUGUGCCCAUUUUGUGUGAGGCACUUCAACUUUGCAGGCUUCCCUUCCUGAAGGAGAAAGCAUCUGAUGAGCUGAACUACGCUCAGGACGUCAUAGAGUUCUUCUCUCACCUGGGGUGUCUGAUGAGGGUCUCAGAUGCCGACGUGAGACAGCAGAUAGUUGAGUGUGUGAAAUCAUUCUACAGCUGUGUGGCACCUAAACAGCUGCUCGAUGGUACGGACCAUCUCUCCAAGCCAAAUCCUCGGACUUUCCACUCUGACAACCGAUUUGCUAGACUUUCACUGAGGCUCCAGCCAACCCCUCCAGGCUACAGGCUGCAGCUGCUGGACCGCAGUGAUUUGGCUCAGACGUUGCUCCUCUCCAUGGCCGCUCUGGAGAACCAACCCGCCAUCAAGCUGCAGCUCCUGCAGACGCUUCAGCUCCUCUCCAGCUCCUCUGAUAUGAACUGUGCAUUAAUACUGAAUGCACGAGGAGCAGAGACGGUCUGUCUCCACAUGAACGAGCCUGACCCGUCCGGUCAGGUCCUGUUACGCUCCUCCGAGAUCCUCUGGAACCUGCUGGAAAGGGGCAGCAGGGAGGAGGUCACUGCUCAGCUCAGCAGCAUGGAGUGUGUCGUGUCUCUGAAAGAUGCGUUUUUUCAGAGUUUCCAACAUUGUGACCUCCACAUCACGAAUGACCUGCUUGUGAUCACAUCUCUCAUCGCUGAAAAUCUCAACUCUCUGCUUAUUGAGAGUUUAUUUGCCAAAGAGCUUGUUGUUCUCGCCACAUUUCCAGAACUGAAAAGUCACAACCCUUUGGUGCGCAACCUCAAACUCAGCUUUAACAACGAAGACCUGAAAAUGAAGAAGUUGCUGUUGAAUCUGUUGGUUUUAAUGUCAAGGGACUUGGCUGCCCUGCAGAUAUAUAAAGAAGAAAGAGUUUUGUCGGCUCUACUUGCGCUCAUGAAGCCUCCUGCUGCCUCGUCAGCGCGGCGGUCCGGUUCACGCCGCUGGUCGUCCAUCCAGCAGGAGGAGCUCCAGCUGCUGGCGCUCGCCACUCUGGCCACUGUUGCACCGCUCAUGUUGAAUGACUACAUGUCAUGUCAGGGAAACACAUGCCUGCUGCUCCUGCUGGACUGGUGCGUCAGACAAGAUGCUCACUUUGGUGAGGACCACAGCUUAGAAGGCACAGGGGGGAGAGGCAGUACAAAGGCUCAGCUGCAGUAUUGUAUCAGAGCGCUGAGAUCUGUGACGUCUUCUGGUGAAGACUCGGUCAACCAGGACCUUUGUGAUCAAGGAACCAUCAGCCAGCUUUUAGGGAUUCUGAUGCAGUUGGAAGCGAGUCCCGAUGAGGAGGAUGUUGUUUCCAUGGAGAUAAAGUCAGACAUUCAAGUGAUACUUUCACUGCUGUGUGAAAGCGACAUGCACCGAAAGGAACUGUUUGGAUCAGAGGGGGUCGAGAUGGCAGUUCACUUCCUGAAGAAAGGCUCCAGGAAGUUCUACAGCGGACUGGGACACAACAAGCUCAUCCUCUCCACAGUGGACUGUGUGUGGUCCUGCAUUGUGGGCUGCUACACCACAGAAGAUUACUUUUUGGCUAAGGAGGGAGUGUUUCUUCUGUUGGACUUACUAAAUUCAAGCCCCAGAUGUGUACACAGCAGCAUCCUCGCCACCUUACUGGACUUAUGCGACAACCCGAACACUCUGUCUCGCAUCCGGAGCUGGAGGGACGAAGGCGGUCUGACGGCUCCCAGACUCCUGCUGCAGCUGUGGAGGGAGGAGGAAGAGGAUCUGAAAGUCAGCCGAACCAAACACGGAGGGAUCGCAGAUCCCCAGAGGCCCAUCCUCAGUCUUUACCAGCAGGAGGACAUCCAGCUGUCGUUUCCUGCCGACGUACCGAGUGCAGCAGUGCUGGAGCUAUCAGAGAACCUGCGGGCAAAGAUUUACUCCAUCUUCUGCAAACUUGGUUUUCAAGACCUCCCUGGAUUAUCAACAAAACAUUAUGUGACCUUGAGCAUCGUGAGGAGAUAUUUGGAUUUCAAGGUCGGUGAGGUGUGGGAAGAGAUCAGCAGGGAGCUGAGGCUGGACGGCGUGAGGCCAGUCACCCCCGAUGAGGAGGCUCUGAGCACUAUCUGUAAGGUUGCCGAGGACACAGCGAGGAGGGUCGCCGCAGAACAAAACAGCAUCCUGGAGCAACAGGAGGAAGAGGAAGUCAACGAGGAGAAGCUCAUGUACACAGAGAUUCAAUCUCGUCUGAAGCAACAGGAGCUCACAGCCAAGUCGUGGGACAGUUAUGUUUCCAAGACCUCAAACUAUGAGAUCCUGAAGGAAGUAAAAGCACAGAGGGAGAGGUACACUGAAUCAUCCAGACCCAAACCAAAGCCUGAGGAUGCUGCGCUUCAUCCUGCAGAGCAUUUCGUCGGGCAGGUCAUGUCUGUAGAGAUGACAGACGGUCAGGGGCCUGCAGGAGUGAAGCUGACGCUGGCCAGAGCUCCCAUCAAGGCUGCAGGUCAGGACGAAGUGGGACCCACAGCUCAGGACCCAGAGUACUUCAGCACUGUAUCUGUAAAAGACUGACAUCAACAAAGAUUCUGGUUCAAUACAAGCCCUUUACAUUUUUAUUGUACUUUACAGAUUUUAUUAUAUAUUGCAUAUAUAGUGCAUGUUCCAUUCUGCAGACCAAACUUUGCAGCAUGUUAGCGUGUUUAUUAUAAAUAAUUGUUUAUUUACAAAAGGCAGUUCUUUCCCAGAGACAGUAGAUACUGAACUGCUUUAUUUGACUGCAAAUGCAGACAUGAUGUCAAAUAAUGAGCACAAUCAGCACCUUGUAGUCUAGUCUGCCUCCACUCUUGUUACAUAGACAAACACGCACACUGUAGUGGCUUUUGUGGCCCGACAUGUCUGACACAGUACAGCUGUUUAAAUUCAUCUUUAUACACUAAAUAACACAGCUGUAGCAUAUUUUUCAGACGGAAAUUUAAUGUAAUU